UUGGAUUUCUCACCCCCUAAAAUAGCUUUAUUGUUUGUUGACCAGGUUUCCUGCACCAUCUGAGGAAGAUCUAUAUCCAAAUAUUAAUAAUGUCCUUCAAUUGGCUUUCCCGUUGACUCGAGGCAGAAGUAAUCUGUUCUCCUCAGUUGGCUAAUUAAGCUCCUCUCAUAAGAAAAAAUCAAGCUGUUACUACAUCUAAUUUGCUCGGCUUUGUUCUGGUAUCAGUUUCCAACUUCAUUCAAUUUCUUUCUGCUAAACCUGCCCCAGGAAAUUCAUCGAUGGACAAAAUGAUGGACAAAGUGAUGGACAAAAUUGUUGAGAAAGUUGAGAAUUUUGUAGUCCACCACGGAAAUCUUGAAGAAGAUCUGAAUGAGUUGAGAAGCGAAUGGCAGGUUCUAAAGAGGAGAGAAUUUGACGUUAAUUCAAGAAUACAAGUAGAGGUUCAGUCGGGCCAGGUGGUGAAAGAAGAAGUAAAGGGAUGGCUUGAAGAUGUUCAAAAGAUCGAACGAGACAUACGAGAUGUUGAAGAAAGAGUAGGCACAGUUCCAUACUACAAACGUGCCAGUCUUGAUAAAGAUGUGCGUAAAACUAUUAAAGAGGUGAAGAGGAUUCAAGAGAGGCACAUUUUCGGAGGAGGCCUUGGCAUUGGGAGAGCUCCAGCUUGUGGAAUUGUAAUUCCAACAGAAAAUUUAGAGGGUGAAAUUUCUACUAAAGAUGAAAUUUGGGAGCACUUGAUGGGCAAUAAAGUUGGAAUGAUUGGGGUUUGUGGUAUUGGUGGAGUUGGUAAGACUACAAUCAUGAAGCAUGUUAACAAUGAUUUGCUGACAAAGAGUAGAUUUCAGAAAGUGAUUUGGGUUACUGUAUCAUAUCCUCUCAAUGUUUUAGAACUACAAAAGAAGGUUGCACUUGCUAUGGGCAGAACACUUCCAGAAGAUGAAGAAAUGAUGCGGGCUGCAGCACUAAUGGAGAUGAUGGGAAGAGUGAGAUUUGUGCUAAUAUUAGAUGAUGUAUGGGACAAUUUUUCUUUGAGUGAUGUUGGAAUCCCAGAACCAACCCUCCAGAAUGGGUGUAAAGUAGUUAUCACCAGUAGAACAGCUCAAGUAUGCAAUUAUUUGGGUUGUAAGAUUGUUAAAGUGCGGCCUCUUUCAGCAGAGGAGUCUUUAAAUUUAUUCCUCAACAGGGUUGGACACGAUGUUUUACAAGUUGCAGGAUUGGAAGAAAUUUUGAAGCUUAUUGUGGAGGAGUGUGCUGGUUUACCACUAGCAAUUGUUGUAAUAGCAGGGGGCAUGAAGGGAGAAGGUGAACCUAAUAUUGUAGAGUGGAGAAAUGCACUAAAUGAUUUACGCCAACGCGUAAAAAGUGUGAAUGAUAUGGAGGAAGAGAUAUUUAGGCAGUUAAGAUUUAGUUAUGACCGUCUAAGAAAUUUAGAAAUCAAAAAAUGUUUUCUAUAUUGCUCCUUAUUUCGAGAAGAUUAUGAGUUAGUUAGAGAAGGGUUGAUAGAAGGCUGUAUUGAUGAAGGAUUGAUUCAUGAGUUAGAAAAAAGACAAGAUGCUUAUGAUAGGUUUGAUGUUUUUUUAAAUAGGCUUGAAAAGAACUGCUUGUUAGAGAAAACUGUUAAUCACUUUUCUGAUGAAGGUUUUAAGAUGCAUGAUGUGGUGAGAGACAUGGCUAUCAAAAGCAUUGGUCUUGAAGUUGGAUAUAUGAUCAAAGCUGGUAAGAAAUUGACAAAGGUACCAAAUGAGCAUGAGUGGACAAUUGAUCUUAACAAAGUGUCUCUAAUGGACAAUUACAUUUCAGAAAUUCCUGUUGGUUUGACUCCAAAGUGUCCAACCUUGUCAACUUUGAUAUUAUCAGACAAUCCUUUGACAAAGAUUCCAGAAUCCUUUUUUGAAGAUAUGAGUGGACUCAAGGUUCUUGAUCUUUCUAGAACCAAUAUUGAAGCUUUACCUAGUUCCAUCUCUAAGUUGGAGUAUCUCUCUGCACUGCGGUUGAGGGGGUGUGAGGAGUUAAAGUGCUUGCCUGCCUUAGAAAAGCUUGUGGCAUUGAAGAAGUUGGAUCUGAGAUGGGCAGGAAUUGAGGUGGUCCCUCAAGGCAUGGAGAUGUUGGUAAGUCUUGAAUAUCUUGAUUUAGUUUGUAAAGAUUUGAAAGAGAUUCUAACAGGAAUAUUGUCUGAAUUAUCUAAUCUCCAGUAUUUGGCAGCAGCAAAUGAUUGGCAAUCAACUAGUGUAAAGAUAAAUUUAGAAGAGGUUGGUAGGUUGAGAAAGUUGGAGAUUUUAGAAUGUAAUUGUGAUGACAUGAAAGACUUCAAUUAUCUUCUGACUGAGUUUAAAAAUUUCAAGAGUUUUAUUGCUUACAAGCUUCUGGUGGGAAAACAAAGCUAUACUAGCGAUUUUGACGAUCUUAGAUAUAAAUGCAGACUUAUAAUUAGUGAGUGUGACAUUGGAGAAGAAUGUAUAGUGCUUCCACAUAAACUUCAGCAUUUGCGGAUCCAUAAAUGUAAAAACAUCAGAAGCAGCUUAAACAAAGCAGCUUUGUUAGAGAAUGCAACCGAGUUGGGUGUUUGUAUUAUUAGUGAUUGUAAAGAGACAGAGUACGUGGUUGAGUUGGAUUCAUCCUUAUCCUCAUCGUGUAAACCAGUACUUGAUAAGCUUGAAAAUCUGUGUCUUUGGAAUUUGCCUAGGUUGUGGGCACUCGUGAGAGUGGAAGGAGUAGCAACACCGCCACGUGUCUUUUCCAAUCUUAAGACACUUUAUAUAAUUAGAUGUUCAGGAAUGAGGAAGUUGCUUCCACUUGAGCUACUGCAGGCCUUCCAAAACUUAGAGUGGAUUGAAGUUGAUGGUUGUGAACAAAUGGAGGAGAUAAUAGCCUCAUCAAAUUUAAAUGCAUCAUCAUCGGAUAAAUUCACUUUCACUUUUCCCAAGUUAGAGAGUUUGUGGUUGUUGAGGUUACCCCAAUUGAAGAGCAUCUGCAGUGCCAAAGGAGUUAUGGUUUGCGAUUCUAUUGAAGAAAUUAGGAUAUCGAAUUGUCCUGAGUUAAAAAGGAUCCCUGUGCAACUUCCCCUGCUUGAUAAUGGCCAACCAUCUCCUCCUCCUCGUCUCAGAGAAAUCUGGAUGAAGGAAAAGUCAAAAGAAUGGUGGGAAUCAGUAGUGAAGUGGGACCAUCCUAAUGCUAAGAACAUACUCCAACCUUUCGUGAGAUAUUUUUGGUAAGGUGUUGAUUGGUUUAUUCUAAUUUGAAUUUGAUAGUUUAAUUGCUCAAAAUUUCUAUCAUCUCAUCUACAAGGGUAGUCCUUGAGAAAUAUUCAAUUUUGUUCAGAUAACUGUAGACUAGCAAAUGUGUGUAAAUAAUAAGCCACGUGCUACCACAAUAACACGUGGCAGUAAAAGCCUUUCCUCUACAACAGCCAACGAGAAAGUCGAUGUGGGACAGAAGGGAUUCUAGGAGAGAUGAGAUUGAGACGCAUCCACCCUCUGCUCUCAUGUCCCAUAAACUCCAAUUAUGUAAGUUGCGAUUUCGCUAUUCAUAGUUUGAUUUUUUUGAAUUUUAGUGUUUUCGAGUACAAGAUUUCGCUAUUUUAUUCUCUUCCUUGGGUAUUGGACUGAGAUUUCUCAAUAUCUUGCAAACUAGUUUGGUACUGUGGAAUCAUACUUUAUCACUCACUAUGUCUUCAAUUCCUAUAAUUUUUCUUAGGAUCGAUUUGUUGGUCGCCUCUUCUCUCUAGAUUCUGACAUAUUUUAAAGCUCUAAUAUUGCAUGUAGGAUCUUUUAUCAAGCGAAGGCAACUUCUCUCGGAGCAGAAAAGCAAAAGAAAAAUGAGACUCAGCCAGACCCAAUACUCCUUCAUUUGAUUGACAAUAAUCGUCUUUUUUUUUUUUUCAAUUUAUGUGUCUUUUAUCUAUUGGAUGGACUUGGUUUAGUGUGCUGAUUUCACUUGGUAAUUUGUUUUGUGUUGUAAUUAAGUUGUUAAGCAUGUUGUGUUAUGGGAUUUCUACUCUGUUUGACUGAUAGAAUGUGAUUCUUUAUCAAUUUGAAAUGUAAUUUUUGUGAUACCUUUCGUGUUUGAUAUAUUGUUAUAAUUGCAAAUUCCCUUUGCUUGGCUGAGUUGAGCACUGGAGAACGCUCUAGCCGCCCUUCAUCGCCAGCCUUCUUCCACCUUUGCAGUGAACAGAAAAGGGAGAUCCAUCUAGGAAUCAUCACAACAGAAAAGGCAUGGCAUGGGAGGAAAUUACAGCUUUAAAAUAAUUGCUCAGCCCUCAUAAAUUCCAAGUAGAUCCUAAGCUUUGUGAUACAAGUGAUAUUGGGCGGUGAGAUGGAAUCAAUUCUCAACAUCUUGCAAACCAGGGGUAUAUAUAAUACAUCAAUUGAGUACUACUGGGCUCCCUUCAUUAUGGAGUCUAAUUCAUGCCAUGCAACAGAUCAUAC